AUGCCCCGCGGCCGGGCCCAGAUUCCGCGCCCCUCUGAGCUCCCGACCGAGAGCCGACACCGCCGCUCCGCCGCGGCCGCCACUCCCCCCGCAUUCCAGAGGCCGCAGCGCCGUCUCCUUCCUCGCAUUCCUGUCCCGGCAAAGGAGUCCCUCCGCCCCCCGCGCGGCCGCUGCGAGGAGGGGGCGCGGCCCGUCGCCCCGGAGCGCACAUUCCUCCGCCGCGCGCGUUAUUGCGCGGAGCGCGCGUCCCCCGGCCCCAGCCCGCGCUCUGGCCGCUCGGACCCGCGCCCCGGCCUCGGGCCGCCGUCGGUGGGCAGCGCCCGCUCCAGCGUGUCCAGUCUCGGCUCCCGCGGCUCGGCCGGCGCCUACGCCGACCUGCUGCUCUCUGGAGCCUGCCUGGCGCCAGCUCGCUCCCCGGAGCCUGCGGGACAGGCCCCCUUCCCUUUGCCUUCGCUCCAGCUGCCCCCGGGCCGGGAGGGCGGCCCGAGCGCGGCAGAGCGGCGGCUGGAGGUGCUUACGCGGGAGCUGGAGCGGGCGCUGGAGGCGCGCACGGCGCGGGACUACUUCGGCAUUUGCAUCAAGUGUGGGCUUGGUAUCUACGGAGCCAGGCAGGCGUGCCAGGCAAUGGGGAGCCUCUAUCACACGGACUGUUUCAUCUGCGACUCAUGUGGGAGACGACUUCGAGGGAAGGCAUUCUACAACGUGGGUGAGAAAGUGUACUGCCAGGAGGACUUCCUGUACUCUGGGUUCCAGCAAACGGCUGACAAGUGUAGUGUGUGUGGACACCUCAUCAUGGAGAUGAUCCUCCAGGCCCUUGGGAAGUCCUACCACCCGGGCUGCUUCCGGUGCUCUGUGUGUAAUGAGUGCCUGGACGGGGUGCCCUUCACUGUGGACAUGGAGAACAACAUCUACUGUGUCAGAGACUAUCACGCGGUUUUUGCACCAAAAUGUGCCUCCUGUGCCCGCCCUAUCCUCCCUGCACAGGGCUGCGAGACCACCAUCCGGGUGGUGUCCAUGGACAGAGACUACCACGUGGAAUGUUAUCACUGUGAGGACUGUGGGCUGCAGCUGAGCGGGGAAGAUGGACACCGCUGCUACCCACUCGAGGGCCACCUGCUGUGUCGCCGCUGCCAUCUGCUGCGCCUCCGGCCCGGCCCACUUCCGUCGCCUGCGGUGCACGUCACGGAGCUCUGA